AUGUCAAACAAAAAACUUCCGUCAAAAAACGAUCCUGAACGUACCACUGCUGAGCAAGAAGCGUUGAAAACUGCUGAAAGAGCAACUCAGUUUACUGAGGCAUUAAAAGAAGGAAGACUUCCAACAACUGAACAAAUCACGACGACCAUUGACUCAAUUCAUGAUAAUGAUACAUUUCAUGAAAGUGCCCGUGGAAUGUCUCCUUUGGGUAAAAAGGUGUUGGCUAAUACAGAAAAAUUUUUAGAAAGUACAAAAAAUCUUUUGGCCGAGAAGAAUGCUGGUGAUGAAUUACAGAAUACUGUAUAUUAUGGUAAUAAAGCUGCAAGAGAAAUAAGCGUAGAUGAACAUAUUGCUGCUUGUGAACCAUCAGUGAAAGAAAUUUGGCAAAAGACCUUAUUGGUAAUUAAUGAAAAAUCUCAAAUUCCUCAACUAUUAAUUUCAAACCCGGAAUUUCGAAAAUUGGUGAACGAUAUUAAUUGUGUCUUUCAAGAAGCUUUAUCAGUUACUGUUCCUGGUAAUGAAGAAGUUAAUGUUGAGACGCCAACAACUGAUGAUGAAAAAUCACCGCAAGAAAUUUCUCAACAUGUUAAAAGACAAACUCGCGAAAGUGUAUACCCUGUGGCUAAGGCCGGAGCGGGAAUUGUUGGACCACAAAUAAGGGAGUUUGGUGAAGGUAAAAAAUCUCUACAAGAGGCAGCUGGUGAGGGGAUGAGGAGCCUUGCAACAUCUCUUAAAAAUAGAGUAACAAGCUAUAACUUAUCACCCGAAAGACGUGAACGUAUUAUUACCAGAUUUAAGAAUCUCAUAUUCGAGACUCAAAAACGUCCAGAAUAUCAGGAAGCUCUCACCGAUAUUAUUGGUGUCAUUUCUCGUAUUUCUGAAUAUACACAAGAAGUCGUUAAUCAAGCUUCAGAAACAGCUAAAAGCACUAAUCAACAAGUACCGUCACUUAAAAUUGCACAACAAAAUGCUAAGGAACUUCUCGAGAAUUUUGCCAAUCAUAGGUCAUUAGAUGACUUAAUUGCUGCUUUAAAAAAUAUGGGGACACAAAUCAAACAAGAUGAAGAACUUCGUCAUUAUCUGAAAGAACUUCAACAUUUUGUUCUCUCCUCUUUACGUGAUCAUGAAUUUGUUCAACGUACCGAUUAUAAUGAACAUGGAUCGCGUCUCAUUGAAAAUGGGCGUCGAAUCUUGUUGGAAAAUUAUCGAGAGACCACACAAAAGAUCGCUGAAGAGGCAGCUGCCUUUAAUGAUGGUUUACAAGAAGAUCGAACUACUCGCCAGUGGACUCAUGACCUUGAAUGUUUGGUUAGAGAUAUCUUCUUGGAUGAUAAAGGUCGUCCGACUAUCAAGUUUGAACUAAUUAAAGACUUUAGAAAAAUCUUAUCUAUUGUGGCCGAAAAAUUAAGAUUUAUUCCACUGCCAAAAUUAGAAAAGUAUUACGAAUAUAGUUUCGAUAAUAUCGUACUUCAUGUGUCGGAUAUUAUUCCCAAGCAUCUUCAUAUCAGCUUGACUUCUGAUAUUAAUAUGGAACGUGAGUCGGAAGAUGUCGUGCAAAACACUGCACGUCUUAAACGUCAAGUUGAAAAUGUUAUAACCGAACACAUGAAAAAAGCCGUUGCGUUUAUUCAAGACAAGAUCGCUCGAGUUCAAACACAAGUCAUUGAAGGGCAACAACAAGCGCAACAAUCGGCUGCUAAGCAAACUACAUCACCUGUAAGCGAAGAAAAGUUAAAAGCUAGGGAAGUUUGGAGAUCCGAGGCCUUUACUUCAAAAG